CCUUUUUUCUCGUACAGACUCUAUCAUUCUUAUUGUGCUUUUGAUUUCAAGCAAUCUCAUUUCCGAUCGCCGUUGAUCUCUUUUGCGCCACGAGCGCUGCCUCCAUAUCCCGUCAUGGAUGUCCAGGAGACACAGCGCCUCCUUUCGGAGUACCUCCAUGAAUUGGCCAACCUAUUCCACCGCGUCCCCGGGUCGGCAAUUUUUCUACGUUAUGUGAAAUCUAGUUAUCAGAAUGAUCCUAUUCGCUCGGCUGUUGAGCUCUUCCUUUUUCUUUUCGCCGUGCGCUAUUUGCUCGCUCCUAAAUAUUCAACCAAACCGGGUGUGGUCCAACUCUCGGAUGACGAGAUUGAUGACCUGGUAGAUGAGUGGACACCAGAGCCCCUCGUGGCGAAGCCGACUGCUUUGGAAGCAAUGGAGGUUGAUAAGCGGCCGGUCAUUGUUGGCCCCGUCGGUCCCAAGUCCAAGCUGUCUAACGGCCGGACAGUUAUGAAUCUCGGCUCCUUCAAUUUCUACAACUUCAAUACCAACGAAUCACUCAAGGAGAAGGCGAUUCAGACCCUCCGCAACUAUGGUGUCGGUCCCUGUGGCCCCCGAGGCUUUUACGGCACCCAGGACGUCCACAUGAAAACAGAGGCUGAUGUCGCCUCCCAUCUCGGUACUGCGGAUUGCAUCAUCUAUGCGCAGGCAUUUUCGACUAUUUCUAGUGUGAUUCCGGCAUUUUCGAAGCGUGGUGACAUUAUUGUUGCGGACAAGGGCGUCAGCUUUGCCAUUCGCAAGGGUAUCCAGAUCUCUCGCAGCAUUGUGCGGUGGUACGAACAUAAUGAUAUGGAAGAUUUGGAGAGAGUCCUGGCCAGGGUCACCAAGGAGCAGGCGCGGAAGCCUCUUACUCGACGAUUUAUCAUCACUGAGAGUCUGUUUGAAUCCUACGGUGACAUGCUGGAUCUGCCUAAAGUCAUCGAAUUGAAGCUCAAGUACAAGUUCCGACUUAUUCUCGAUGAAACAUGGUCUUUUGGUGUCCUUGGACGGACUGGUCGUGGUCUGACGGAGCACCAGCACGUGGAUGCGGCGGAGGUUGACAUGAUUGUUGGAUCGCUGGCCGGUCCACUGAUUGCCGGAGGGGGUUUCUGUGCUGGAUCAGAGGAAAUUGUUCACCACCAGCGUAUUUCCGCCGCUGCAUACACUUUCUCUGCGGCACUUCCGGCCCUGCUCUCGACCACGGCCAGUGAGACGAUCAAUAUCCUCCAAAAUAGCCCCGAAACCGUAUCACAGCUGAGAGAGCAUACCAAGUCAAUGAGGGCACAGCUUGAUCCCCGGAGUGAUUGGGUGUAUUGCUCUAGUGCUCCCGAGAACCCCACCAUGAUACUUGUCAUCAAGCCCGAGGUGGUGGCCGCGAAGAGGCUUUCCGUUGAUGACCAGCAGUUCUUGCUACAGGAUGUAGUAGAUGAGUGCCUCGCGAAUGGUGUUCUCAUCACCCGUCUCAAGCACCUUGAGGAUAACUACGAACCCAAGCACAUUGUACCCCCGGCCUUGAAGGUGUGCAUCACCACCGGUCUCACGAAGAAAGAAAUCGAGAAAGCAGGAACGACGAUUCGACAUGCCAUCACCAAAGUUUUGAGCAAAAAGAAGUGAUCUUAUUCUUUCCCCAUUCUCAUCCUUGAAAACCCCGUCUCCAUGAACCUUCAUGUCAUCAUGACCCCUUCUCUUGCUCCCUUGCCCUAUAUCUUCAUGACUCCACCGAUCACCUUGCAUCGUUUAUACAAACCCUAAAUGCGCUGUAUCACUGUAUUUUGUAUAGCAUAAAGUCUUUCCAGAUGGAGGGCAGGAUAGUCUUGAGGACCGUUCCUUGCCAAUCCACAUGCAGCCAGCCUCAGUCUGAUGCUAAGUCUGAAGCUGCACGGAAGUGACACUUUCCCUUCGUCCGCCUAAUAUUUUCUUGUUUCCCUGUUGACCCCUGUUAUAUUUGGCUGUUAAUUCAGGCAGUGGGCAUUAUUAGACCGUACAUUGUUGUUUUAAUACAAAAAUAUUGCUAUUUUUCUUGCACUGC